UUAGCAGGGCUAAACUUAGAAUAACGCUUCAAGAUGCUCCUUUAUCAUUUGCCUCUUCUCUUUGUAUUUGUCUCAACGGCUGAGCUGACCACCCUCCUGAAAGGCCGGAAUUUGACCAGUCUGGAGGAACGUCUGUCUAGACUGGAACAGGCAACAGAACAGCGACUGAACGCCACAGAGCGAGUGUUAGGACAGCUACUGACAGGGAGAAGUGAUGCCGACGUGUCCUCAAUGGAUGUCCUUGCUAUCAGAUCUAGUGUCCUGGCCGAUCAAACAGAUCCUGUGCUUUUUUCUGCAUACAAAUCCUCAAGUACUAGCGGUAUUAGUACCCGGACAAUCAUAAGAUUUGAUCAGACGUACAUCAACAUCGGAAACCAUUAUCACACAGAGGACGGAAUCUUAAUUGCUCCUCAGACAGGGGUCUACAUGUUCCACUGGAGCAUAGCUACAGGAGGCAGUGCUUUUUACACCCAGCUGAUUGUAGGAGGUACAUCUCGCGCCUCAAGUUGUGUGCCUCGUCCUGGAGGGGCAGACUCCAGUUCAGCGAUGGUGAUCAUAAAUGUGAACAAAGAUGACCACACAUGGAUACAGAUUUAUGGUUCUGAUGAAUAUGUGUAUGGUGACGGUACUGGUAUUGGAUCAACUAUUCAAUCAACUUUCACUGGAAUCCUCCUUCGGAGAACAUAGGCCUGAUUCCCAAAAAUGUGCUUUAGUUAUAAAAA